GAAACCAAACAAGAAUUCCAUUCAAACUUUUUAACUCAACUUUUAUACACAUUACAUAUACACACACCUAAAGAAAAGAGCUUAUCAUCAUCAAUGGAGAUGAUAAGCUCAUACUCUGACUCGCCAUACAAGCUCUUGUUAAUAGCUCUAAGUCGCAUACCGGUCACCCAUUAUGUGAUCGGGUUCCUGUCGAUUUUGUUUGUUAUGGUGUACAAUCUCCUUGAGUUCCAUAUUAUUCAAGAUAUGUUGACUGGAUUUAGGGGUCAACGUGUCAGUUUGACGUUCAAUCCAUGCUCUCAACUCUACCAUGAAGUUGUCUCAAAGUGCACACUUCUUCAUGGAAGGUAUAUGUCUACUCCAUGGCUUUCUAGUACUCAUCUUCAGACUACUUUCUUGAGAUUUUUCGGAAGGCCUCCAGUUUUCAACUACAGACGGGAGGUGUUUAGCACAGGUGAUGGUGGAAUAGUAGCUCUUGAUUGGUUGGCGCAUUCUGAUGUCUUUAAUAACAAAGACACGGAAAAUGAAGAGGUUCAUGACGCUAAUACGCCCCUUGUUAUAGUGAUCCCUGGCUUGACAAGUGAUUCUGACUCUGUUUACAUAAAACAUCUUACUUUCUACAUGGCGAAACGUGGCUGGAAUGUUGUUGUGAGUAAUCAUCGAGGCCUAGGUGGCGUACCAUUGACCUCUGAUUUCUUUUACAAUGGUGGAUGGACAAAUGAUUUACGUAGAGUAGUUAAACAUAUUCGCUCCAAAUCCCCCGAUGUUCCUUUGUUUGUUGUUGGAACCAGUCUUGGAGCAAAUAUGAUGGUAAAAUAUAUAGGUGAAGAUGGGGAUGACAUUCUUAUAGAUGGGGCCGCGGCAGUUUGUUGUCCUUGGGACCUCCUGAUAUGUGACAGGUUUAUUGGGCGAACUGCAGUGCAGAGGAUCUAUGACAAAGCCUUGGGAGCAGGUUUAAAACGUUAUGCAAAGAAGCAUCAGGAUUUCUUUACUCGCCUUUCCAACUGGGAUGGCAUUGAAAAGGCACGCCGUAUUCGAGAGUUUGACACCAGUGGCACCUGCAUUAUUGGAAAGUUUGAUACGGCUGACAUAUACUAUAGGGAAUCCAGUUGUGCUGGUUAUGUUACACGCGUAAAGGUACCCCUUCUUUGCAUCAGUGCAUUAGAUGAUCCAGUUUGCACCAAAGAAGCACUAAUAUGGGAUGAAUGUCGGGUGAACAAGAACGUUAUUUUAGCUACUACAGAGCACGGAGGGCAUCUGGGAUAUUUUGAUGGAAUUGAUGCAAAGGGCGUUUGGUGGGUAAGAGCUGUCGAUGAGUUCCUCACUGUUCUGGGCUCUAGCAAAAUAAUCCGCAGACAAAAUAAGAUGCCAGAAACACUACUGGUCAGUCCUCAGAGGUCACUAAGCAGCAAAGAUCCAUACACUUGGUUUGUGAAGAAAACUGACAAUCUAAUACAUGUAGACAAUUCUUCAAAAAAGGCAAAGACCGAUACACAAGAGUCCGAGACUCCUUCGAAAAUUGACAGUAUAAUAUUCUUUCUAAAAAGGUUCAUGGAUCAGUUUUAGCAAGAAAUCAACUUGAAUCAUGUACGUAAGCAUUAUUUCUAAUGGCGUUGCCAGCCAUUGGAUCAUUGUUCCUUCAAUAUGUCAGAUCUGUUAAGAGAUAUCUGAAGAAGAGAUGAAGGUGUCAAUAGUUUGUUUCAUCUAAAUUUAUAUAGGUACAAGUAUAUCAAGAGGUCUGUAUUUUGUGUAGACAAAUAACUAGUUGGUAAGAUAAGGAUAUGUCCAGGUUGUUAUCCCAUGAUAACUCAGUUCAAUUACCAUACGAAGUGUAAUCAUUACUACCGUCUCAAAAAAAACAUUUAUCCAUGUUA